CUUUCAACCCGUAUAAUACUACACAGACCUGCAAAAAAGUUAAACAGACACUGAAAUAAAUACGUUUGUUUGUGUUGCUAACGAACCCUUCUCUACUGCCCACAUUCACAAUGCUUUAUUUGAUUCUCUUUGUUGGAACUUUCGUCCUGUCCUCGGGGCAAUUCACGACUAGCCCAUCGUUUACAACAUCAACCACAAGUUCCAUAACCUUAACUGCUAACCCGUUGUUGGCACCAUCAACCUCAACACCUACAACCACAACUACUCUCCCUGCGGAUACAACUACUGCCCCUGGGGAUACAACUACUGCCCCUGGGGAUACAACUACUGCCCCUGGGGAUACAACUACUGCCCCUGGGGAUACAACUACUGCCCCUGGGGAUACAACUACUGCCCCUGGGGAUACAACUACUGCCCCUGGGGAUACAACUACUGCCCCUGGGGAUACAACUACUGCCCCUGGGGAUACAACUACUGCCCCUGGGGAUACAACUACUGCCCCUGGGGAUACAACUACUGCCCCUGGGGAUACAACUACUGCCCCUGGGGAUACAACUACUACCCCUGGGGAUACAACUACUGCCCCUGGGGAUACAACUACUGCCCCUGGGGAUACAACUACUGCCCCUGGGGAUACAACUACUACCCCUGGGGAUACAACUACUGCCCCUGGGGAUACAACUACUGCCCCUGGGGAUACAACUACUGCCCCUGGGGAUACAACUACUGCCCCUGGGGAUACAACUACUGCCCCUGGGGAUACAACUACUGCCCCUGGGGAUACAACUACUACCCCUGGGGAUACAACUACUGCCCCUGGGGAUACAACUACUGCCCCUGAGGAAAUAACAACCACAACACCUACAACCACAACACCUACAACCACAACUGUUAUCGCUGAUUUUACAACAACACCCACAGCUGGUGUCCCAGAGGAUUCAACAACACCCACAACCGUUCAACCAACAACAAUUCCUACAGCAAACCUGACAACGUUUGCACAUGCAGCGGUGAAUUUAUUCAGCUACGAAAAUCUGGAUAGCGAUACAAUCGUUUCAAACAUUGAGGAGUUCUUGAAGCAAAUAAGCAAUAAUGGCCUUGGACCUCUGAAGUUAACAAUGAAACGUUUCUCAAAAUGUAGCGGCGCCCAGUGUGGAGACCAGCAACCCUCUACUACCACUCAACCCUCUACUACCACUCAACCCUCUACUACCCCUCAAACCUUCCCUGACACUCAACCCACCACUGGCCCUCAAACCUUCCCUGACACUCAACCCACCACUGGCCCUCAAACCUUCCCUGACACUCAACCCACCACUGGCCCUCAAACCUUCCCUGACACUCAACCCACCACUGGCCCUCAAACCUUCCCUGACACUCAACCCACCACUGGCCCUCAAACCUUCCCUGACACUCAACCCACCACUGGCCCUCAAACCUUCACUGACACUCAAUUCUUCCCUGACACUCAAACCUCCACUGGCCCUCAACCCACAUUUACAUAGAUACCGUUCUGGUUUCAUAAUCACCACUGAUUCAUCAGACAUCAUCUGUAUAGCCUACUUGUUGAUUUGUUAACUUGUUAAUCAUGGUUUUUAAAAGUCGGUGAUAUUGGUAACACUUCCCAUUGAGGUAUCCUUUAAGUGAGUUGUAAAAAGGUAUAUGAAUACUUCAACAUCAACCGUACUGACUGGGAUUAGGAUAUGUAUUUUACUGUAUGACAGGGACUGGUAGAUAUUGCAAUCAACAAGUUUAAAUCAAUCAUGUGGAAAUAUCUCCAUUGACCUUGAACUUUGAUGUAGUAAUUCAAAGACUUUGUGAAGAUUGAAACCGCUUUUUCUAUAAAGUAUGGCAGACUAUUUAGAAAUAUGUUUGUUUUUUUAGCUAAAUAUUUUGUAGCUUUUUUAUUCUGUUAUUUUCAUGACUUUUUAAGAUGUAUUCUUUGUGUUGUUUUCCUUUGUCAGGUUGGGCCCCUCUCAAUCAAACCUGUUCUCAACCCCAUUGUUAUUUAUUGAAGCUUUAUUUAACUAGGCAAGUCAGUUAAGCACAAAUACCCCUGUCAAAUCCGGACGACACUGGGACAAUUGUGCGCAGCCCUAUGGGACUCCCAAUCCCAGACGGAUGGGAUACUGGAAUCAAAUCAGGGUCUGCAGUGACACCUCUUGCAUUGAGCUGCAGUGCCUUAGACUGCUGCGCCACUCGGGAGCCCAAUUGUGGUAUGUUAGGUUGUGAUCCUCUCAAUCAAACCUGUUUUUCAACCCCAUUGUGGUAUGUUAGGUUGUGAUCCUCUCAAUCAAACCUGUUUUUCAACCCCAUUGUGGUAUGUUAGGUUGUGAUCCUCUCAAUCAAACCUGUUUUUCAACCCCAUUGUGGUAUGUUAGGUUGUGAUCCUCUCAAUCAAACCUGUUUUUCAACCCCAUUGUGGUAUGUUAGGUUGGGUCCCUCGCAAUCAAACCUGUUUCUAGGUUCAGACAAAACAACUUUCUUCUUGUGCUCAUUUGGAAUCAUUGAUUAAAAAUAACAUGCCAAAUCA